AUGCCUGGAAAAAGACUACCCGUCCCAAAGGGCAUUCUCACCUCGCCCCCCCCCACCCCACUGCCGAUCUACGAUACUACCGAAGUUCGAUGCUAUUUGGACGAGAACACUCAGCUGAAAACUAAACUGAGGAGGGCAGAGUCAGACGCAUUCAGAAAGGUAGUUGACCACGUUGGUGAGUUAGCUAGCAGUUACAAAUACUGA